UAAAUUUUGGUGAAUCACGAAUCAGAAAAGAGCAGGUUGGGAGGCUUGGUCUUCUGGUGUCGGUGACUGAGAUGGACUUGCCAUCGAACCUCCAUGGACGCUGAAUAAAAUACACAUCAAACAACCCAGAAGAGAUCUUAUUGUCCUUGUUUCUUCAACCCCAAAUUGUUACUAUUUUUUUCUUCAUUUUCCCUGUCAAUUUCCUCUCUGCUGCUGAAGCCAAAAGCCAGAGUCUUUGGAGUCGGAAAAUAAAGCUCAACAAUUUUGAACGAAUCAUCCAACCAAUCCACCUUUCGACGUCCCAACCACCACCUUUACCAGAUUGCUAAAGAACCCAUCUGCCUUCUUGGGGUCAUAUCCUUCAGGACCCUUCCACGUUUGCUGGGUUGCUGAUUUUGCAGCUGAAGAAAGAGAAGGAUUGGGGAAAAAAAAAUAUGAGAUUUUGGAAGCUGGGUUUUGCUGGGUUUCUUGUUGCUGCCUUUGUGGUGGGGUUUGGUUCAGGGGAGCAUGCCCGCACUGAGAGAAUUUCAGGUAGUGCUGGUGAUGUUUUGGACGAUGACCCAGUAGGAAGGUUGAAAGUUUUUGUGUAUGAGCUUCCAAGCAAAUACAACAAGAAGAUUCUUCAGAAGGAUCCCAGAUGCCUCAACCAUAUGUUUGCAGCUGAGAUCUUUAUGCAUCGGUUUCUCCUGUCUAGCCCCGUCCGAACCCUUAAUCCUGAAGAAGCAGAUUGGUUUUAUACUCCUGUUUACACCACUUGUGACCUGACCCCCAAUGGCCUUCCUUUGCCUUUUAAGUCACCACGGAUGAUGAGGAGUGCAAUACAACUCAUUUCUUCGAAUUGGCCUUACUGGAACCGGACAGAAGGUGCUGAUCACUUUUUUGUAGUGCCUCAUGACUUUGGAGCAUGUUUUCAUUAUCAGGAAGAGAAGGCGAUUGAAAGAGGAAUUCUUCGCAUGCUCCAACGUGCAACUUUGGUUCAGACUUUUGGGCAAAAGAAUCAUGUUUGCUUGAAAGAGGGCUCAAUAACAGUUCCUCCUUAUGCUCCUCCACAGAAGAUGCAAACCCACCUAAUUCCUGAGAAAACUCCUAGGUCCAUCUUUGUUUACUUCCGAGGAUUAUUUUAUGAUGUGGGAAAUGACCCAGAAGGUGGUUAUUAUGCAAGAGGUGCACGAGCAGCGGUGUGGGAGAACUUCAAAGACAAUCCGCUUUUUGACAUGUCUACCGAGCACCCCACCACAUACUAUGAGGACAUGCAACGAGCAGUCUUUUGUUUAUGCCCUCUCGGCUGGGCUCCUUGGAGUCCAAGAUUGGUUGAAGCAGUGAUUUUUGGCUGCAUUCCUGUUAUCAUAGCAGACGACAUUGUUCUACCCUUUGCCGAUGCCAUCCCUUGGGAAGAGAUUGGUGUGUUUGUAGAUGAGAAUGAUGUCCCCAACUUGGACACCAUACUCACUUCCAUCCCACCUGAACUGAUACUGAGAAAGCAGAGAUUGCUCGCUAACCCUUCAAUGAAGCAAGCCAUGUUAUUCCCACAACCUGCCGAAGCAGGAGAUGCUUUCCAUCAAGUUCUCAACGGACUUGCGCGCAAGUUGCCGCACGGCCCUGAUGUUUUCUUGAAGCCGGGUGAGAAGAUCCUGAACUGGACCGCAGGGCCAGUGGGCGACCUGAAACCAUGGUAGCCACUCUGACUUUUUACCUCCUCUUCAGCCAAGCCUCCAAAUUUUACUGUAGUAAUUUUGUUAUAGUUGAGAUGCCGAUUUUCAUGACUGUAAAAAUUUGGAUUUCGUGAAAAGGUAUCAGAUUAUUGUACACUUUUCUUUUGUAGCGUGACUUGGAUUGUUAUAAUUUCAUUGAAAGCAUGAUGGUGAUUGUUCCAUCGUUUCA